UGCAGUCUGUCUUUCGUCCUCCCUCUGCUCCGACAAAGAGCAAGGAUAGGAAGGCAGGCUCGGCCGAACGCGGCGAGGGCCCCGCGGCGGCGAAGACGCGCGCGCGUGCGCGACGGCUGGCGGAAGGGGGGGGGGCGGCCAAGGCUCGCUGCCCCCCCCCGAGGCCGCCUCGGCGGGCGAGCGCGAGAAGCUGAUCGGACUCAUGGUGCAUUGGCGGACCAGCAGAAUAAUCGAAACAGUCUACGAAGCCGUUCGCCGCGGGGCGGGGCGCGCCGCCGCAGCUCCGGCGAGGGCGUGCGCGGCCGCGGCGGUCCGGGGCUCCGCUCUCCCGCGGAGCGCAGCGCCUGCUGCCCGCGACCAGCGGCGGGCUGGAAAACGCAGCGCCGCACCACUAUCGGGGGGACCAUUAGAGGCCAUCCCAGGUGAGCGACGAUCCAAAACAGGUCUUACGCGAGAUGACUCACGAUACCAGGAAAACCAUGGGGUGAGGCCAGGGCGGAGGUCGCCCCUGGCGCGGGCGCCGUCGGCGAAGAUGCCGCUCCGCCCUCUCGGGGCGCCCUCUGCGCGGGCCCCCGGGGCCUCCUGCUAUGAUAAAGAAAUUAAUAAAAAGGGCCUCCUGCCCACGCGCCCUCGCGGCGGCGGGAAAAAGAAGCGCGCACGCACACCCAGGCCGGGCAGGCGCCCGCGCCGCGCUCCCCUCUGCGAGGAGGUCGGGCGGGCGCGGGGCGACUGCUCUUCGGCCGAAGCAGCGGCCGCGCCGCGCGCGGCCGUGCCGGCAAAGGGGGCCCGCUGCGGGGCGGCAUCGGCCGCUGUGCAGGCGCCGGGGGGGGGGGGGGAAAGGGGAGGCCCCCCCCCUCGCGGCGGCGCGGAGCCCUCGCUGCUUCGCAGGGGGCGGGGAGGAGGGUGA